AUGGCAUCCUGCACUGAAUUUGAUGUCCUCCGCCCCCGCAAAAAGGCCAGAAGAUCCUGCUUAUAUUGUCAAAAGGCCCAUAAAACAUGCGGGAAUGAACGCCCUUGUGGGCAAUGCGUGAAGCGCAAAGUGCCAUCGCAAUGUGUCGAUGGACACCGCAAACCGCCUAAAUACCUCAAUGAGAAUACGAAGAAAAGAGGCAAGGCUGCCUUAGAUCGCGGUUUUACUUCUAUGCAGCAAUCCCAGUAUCAACAAGAGAUUAUUCUAGAAACUACAAGAUAUGAUAGUGAGAGCGCUCAACAAGAAUACAACGACGAGGAACAAAUCCGAGACUACAGGCGAGACCCAUUUGAGGAAUUCUUUGAUGAGCUCAUUGAUUCAAACUUUUUCUAUACUCAACGCCCAAGUUUCAAAUUCGGAAAUCAAGGUUCUGGGGGUACUAUUGUUAAAGGAAAUGGGGAUUUCACCCCGUUCUUCUCAAAUGCUGAAUACUCAACCUGGUCAGAGAGAUCUUCUAGCGUAUCCGAAGAUAGUGAAGCAGAGGCCUCAUACCAAGCUCUGGAUGACGGUGUCCGGGCCAGCUUGGCAAAGCUACAUAAGAACACGAGAGAGGAACUAUAUUCCGGAUUUGCUAUCAGCAGUGGUUGGUCAAGUACAUUCUUUCCUCACGGAAUGGAAGAAUAG